UUCCAACUUCUUAAUUUGACUUGGUCGAAGUCGGUCAAUGGCAGAGAUGAUCAUCAUAUCUCGAAGGAGGAAGCCAAACUUUGCAUCAACAGAUGGCUAGUGUUAGUCUUCGAGAGAGCAUAGGGAUCAGAGAAGAGAUAAUAAAAAAAGCAUGCUCCAUGUACAUGAAGGCUCACAAUUUUGCAGAGAAGCAGUUAUAUGUUUGUGAAAAGAUUCGCAACUCAUCUGAACUUGUUUUUAGCUUCCCUGGAUCUUGGUCUGUAAGUGAUCUGUUCGUCGGAAGUCCUUUUGGAGAGGUGACGGUGGAUCUUGAGCUGUUCCCUUCUCUCAGAUGUAUAGGUCUCAACGAAAUUGCUACCGUCAAUGGAGCCUUUUUUAAUAGAUUCAAGGCAAUUUUGGGUACUACUCAGUUCAAGAAGGAGGUGCGAACAGCUGUGACAGAAAGGAAACAAGUUGUGUUUACAGGGCAUUCUCUUGGUGGACCUAUAGCUAUACUUGCAACUAUCUGGUUCUUGGAAGAGUACAUAAGACAAGACCCUAAGACAUUAGCACCUCUUUGUUUGACAUUUGGAUCUCCUCUUGUUGGAGAUCGCAUUGUGAGCCAUGCGCUUAGGCGUGAAAACUGGUCUCGCUACUUCGUGAAUUUUGUCAUGAGAUACGACAUUGUCCCAAGGGUCUCACUUGCCCCUCUCUCAUCUGUUGAGCACCAAUUGCAGCAAGUUCUCAAUUGCUUCAAUCCAAAAUCCCCACUUUACAUGCAAGGAAAUGUGGGUGAAGCCUCAGGUUUCUAUGUAAAUGUGAUGAGGAAUGCAUUCUCUGUUGUGAGCCAUGCUGCCUGUAAGAUGAUGGGAAGUACAAAUCUGUUGUUGGAGACAGUAUCCAACUUUGUUGAGCUAAGUCCUUAUAGACCCUUGGGUACCUUUGUCUUCUGCGCGGGAAAUGGGAAACUUGUAGUCGUAAGGAACCCAGAUGCCAUUCUGCAGCUACUGUUCUAUACGUUUCAGUUGAGCUCUGUAGCAGUUGCCGACAGUAGGCUAAAAGAUCAUUUGAGCUACAAAGAUGAACUGCAAGAAUGUUUACAAAUGCAAAGUGUAACAUUUUUAGAUGAUCAUCAUCUGGAAGCACUUCCAUUGUCGGAUAAUGUAACAAUGGAGAUUAACAUGGCCUUGAAUGACCUAGGCCUGAGCGCUAAAGCUAGAUUGUGUCUCCGUGCUGCUGGAGAGUUGGAGAAGCAGAAAAAAAAUAACCAGAAAGCAAUUGACAAGAAGUUGGAAGAUAUUGAGAGUGGACUAGGAAAACUACAAGGAUACAAGAAGAGAUGUCAACAUAAAAUGGGUUACUAUGAUGCAUUCAAGCUUCCAAAAGACAAGGAAGACUUUGAUGCUAAUGUGAAGAGGCUGGAGUUGGCAGGUAUAUGGGAUGAGAUAAUCGAAAUGCUGAAAAGAAAUGAACUCCCUGACGAAUUUGAGAGUCGAAAGGCUUGGAUAGAGAUAGGAACCAGGUACAGGCGCAUUGUUGAGCCCCUGGAUAUUGCUAAUUACUAUGGACACCUGAAGAAUGAAGACACAGGACCUUAUAUUGAAACGGGCAGACCUAAGAGGUAUAAAUGCACCCAAAGAUGGCGAGAGCAUGUCGAGAGGAUGUCAAAAGAAUCCUCGGAAUCAUGUUUUUGGGCUGAGGUAGAGGAACUCUGCAUUAAAUCUGGAAACCCAAGCAUCAGAGAAGCAAUUUUGCAGCUUAAGAGAAGAGUUGAAGAGUGGAUUCGAAACGGGUAUCUAGAUGAUGAUGUGUUCUUAAAGGGUUCCACCUUUGACAAAUUGUUGAAAGAGUACUCUUUAACGAACUCGGAUCAAAAUGUUAUAUUUCAGGGAUCAUGGAGUUGAUCACAAAGGGAGACUUUGCAUGUGCAAUAAGAGAUACAAUCACGUGCGAGCCUUUUGUUACUGUAGCAUGAGAGUUUGGCGUGUUGUACUUGGUUCCACUAACGUUAUCCAAUGAAUCGUAACAUCGUUUUAGUUAAAA